UCGUUUUGAAUUCGAAACAAAGUUUUUGCAAGGUUCUUAAACUUGUGGUUAAAUUUCGAUUGGAUUUUUUUUUGUAAUUGAAGUAGUAUAAGCAAAGGUUUUUGCAAUUAAUUCGUUAAUAUGACUGAUAAAAGCCACAAGUCAAGACUUACAUCUUACAAAAAUGUUGCACAAGGAACAAAUGAAUUACGCCGAAAGAGAGCAGAACUUAGUGUCACCCUACGGAAGCAAGCUCGGGAUGAUCAACUCUUGAAGCGUAGAGCUCUCUCACCUGAUGGCAGUGAAGAUGUGCAGUCAGACACACCUAUACCCACUCCGGAGGAGAUUGUACAAGGUCUAAAAUCAAGCAAUGUAGCGGUGAAAGUAACAUCAGCGCGGGCGGCGCGGCGCAUCCUGUCCAAGGAGAAGAACCCACCGAUCACUACCAUGGUUAAUGCUGGAGUUAUCAAACCACUGGUCGAAGCUCUGGAUAGAGAUGACUGUCAAGAUUUGCAGUUUGAAGCGGCCUGGGCACUCACCAACAUUGCAUCAGGCACUCACGAGCAGACUAUGGCUGUGGUUGAUGGUGGUGCGAUCCCUAAAUUAGUAGGCUUGCUAGCGCGGGGGGGCACUGUGGGCGAGCAGAGCGCGUGGGCGCUGGGCAACAUCGCGGGCGACGGCGCCGCCACGCGCGACCUCGUGCUGUCCGCCGGCGCGCUGCCCACCCUGCUGCCGCUCCUCAACCCCACCACUCCGCCCUCGCAGCUCAGGACUGCCGUCUGGACUUACAGUAACUUCUGCAGAAAUAAGAAUCCAUUGGUAAAGUUUGAGUAUGUUGCUCCAGCACUCACAUACAUGUCGAAUCUUCUAGAAAUAUCGGAUCAAGAUGUACUCGCGGACGCGUGCUGGGCGCUGUCGUACCUAACGGACGGGCCCAACGAGCGCAUCGAGGCGGUGCAGAGCACGCCGCAGCUGCUGGCGCGCCAGCACGCCUCGCCCGCCGUGCGCACGCCCGCCCUGCGCGCGCUCGGCAACAUGCUCACCGGCUCCGACGAACAGACGGACCGCUGCCUGGACGCGGGCGCGCUGGACUACUUGGCCGGGCUGCUGCGCUGCGGGAAGCCCUCGCUGAUGAAGGAGGCGGCCUGGGCCGUCAGCAACGUGCUGGCCGGCACCCAGCAGCAGAUCCAGCGCGCCGUCGACAAGGGCAUCCUCUCACACCUCAUGCACGUCCUCUCCUGUGAUGAUGUCAAAUGUCAGAAGGAGGCGGCGUGGGCGGUGACGAAUCUGUGCCUGGGGGGUUCCCCUGCGCAGCUGGACGCGCUGGUGGGUGUGGGCUUCCUGGAGCCGUUCUGCGCGCUGCUGGCUUCACCAGACCAGCGCGCUGUCACUGUCGUGCUGGACGGACUUACGCACUUCUUACAGACUGCGGCCAAGUUCGGUCAGAUAGAGCGACUCUGCCUGCAGCUGGAAGAGAUCGGAGCAUUAGAUCGUAUCGAGGCGUUGCAAGAACAUGAAAACGAACAGAUAUUCAAGAAAUGCUGCUUCAUCCUGGACAACUACUUCAUGGACCAGGAGGACCAGGUGGCACAGCCCCAACAGACGGAUGAGGAGUUCCAAUUCGGUUCCGGGGCUGAUAAUCGCAAUUUCAACUUUUAAAUAGUAAGAAAUAAUAGUAAAUGUAAUUAAAAUCAAAUUAAGAAAGUAAAAUAAGAUUGCAUGUGAAAAAACUAUAAAAAUUUAGUAAUUUGAGAAUCUACUUUUUGUAAUCCGUGAAAAUAGAAUAUCACUAUAAAUUACUUUGGAUUUGUAAUCUAACAGUCUUAGAAAUAGAUGCCUUGUAAAGUUUAACGAUUCCUUUAAACUAUUCAAACGAAGCAUAAAGAAAAUUUGUACUAAUAUUUGCUUAUACUCAUUUAAUUCCUAAAUAUUUCCUAACUUUAUAUCGUGUUUAUUUGUAAGGCUGUAGCAUUUAUGUAAAAUCUUAAGUAAUAAAUAUUAUAGACAAUAUGUAUAUCUAAUGCUGUUUUACAAUAGGCUUGUAAUUUAGUUGAGUACCGUAUUAAGCUUAAAACUGAUCUGAUUAACUAAUUCUCUUCAGACAAGUUACUAAAUUACUUACUCUACUUAAUACUAGACUAUUGUAAGCUAUAAGGAAAUCACUUAGUAACCUUUAAACACUAAGUAUUCAAUGUAUUUCACGGGAGGCCUAAUUUUAUCAUUUUUCUUUCCACCUUUGCAAGGUUGAGAAGAGAAAGUGAAUUUUUUGAAGUACACAGGAAGGGGAAAUAUUCUAUCUUUAAGUUCCCUCUGUCAUGUAGGCGUUUUAUAUAGAUUUUUAUUAAUAAGUUUACAUGUUUACACUUUUUAACCCUUAAUCAAUUUUUGGGUAGUUAUUUUCCUCUUGAGAGUAAUGUACAAUUUCUUAUUUCUUUAUCGGGAACUCUUAAAUUAGUAUGAAUCUCAGGAUUUACUUUAACCAAUUUUUUCGAGCACAAAACCCAUUUCAAUAGAAACUAUCACCAGUUAAAAAUGAUCUUGAAAAAACCCCUUGUUUUGGUUAAAACCUGUUUUUACGUAAUAUUAAAUAGCCAGGGUUUGAAAUUGUUAUAAGAUUUUGUUUGAAAUCAUUGUUUUAAAUGUCUAUUUGCUGCCUUCGACUGAUUUAGAAGCUGGUCUUACAUGUGAUAUUAAAAUUCCUUUAUUGUGUUAAUGUUUUAGAUGUAAAUUUUUGAUAUUAAAUGAUUUAAUAAAAU